AUGGGCAGCAAAGAUCACUUGCCACCUGCAUCUCCAGGCAAUCAGCAUCCAAAUUCCCAAUCCCACAAUGACAAUAUCCUCAACAUUAGAGCAGCCGGCUCUCCCUCUGCUGAUUCUUUCUUUCCCGGUAAAUUUCUUGACGAUCUUGACGAAGCUGAACAGCAGAUAGCUUCUGCAGGAGAGGAAAAGUAUAAUCGCCUCGGAUGGAAACAAUUAACGCUCAUGCUGGUGGUUGAGGCUAUUGCUUUGGGCGCUCUCUCUAUUCCUUCUGCAUUCGCUACCCUAGGGAUGAUCGCUGGCAUCAUAUGCUGUAUCGGAAUUGGACUUAUCGCUAUAUAUACAUCUUAUGUGAUCGGCCAAGUCAAGUUGGCGUUUCCCUUUAUACACCAUUACGGUGAUGCCGGCACAUUGAUGAUGGGUCGGUUCGGCUAUGAGCUGUUUUCUGCGAUGUUUCUGCUUCAACUCAUUUUUGUGACAGGCUCCCACUGCCUCACUGGGACUAUCGCGCUCCAAACAAUCACUGGGAGCACAGUAUGCUCGCUUGUAUUCGGUGUCAUCUCGGCUAUUAUUCUUUUCCUCUUUGCAAUCCCAUCAUCUUUUGCUGAUGUGACGAUUCUCGGGUACAUUGAUUUUGCGUCUAUUAUAAUCGCUAUUGGUGUUACUAUUAUUUCGACUGGAAUACAAGCAACUAGUGCUUCUGGUGGUCUGGGAGAAGUAACGUGGUCUGCCCUACCAAAAGAGAAUAUUACAUUCUCUGAAGCUUACAUUGCUAUUGGAAAUAUCGUGUUUGCCUAUUCGUUUGCCACUUGUCAGUUCUCAUUUAUGGACGAAAUGCACACUCCACGGGACUUUACAAAAUCAAUUUUCACGCUUGGUCUACUGGAGAUUGUGAUAUAUACUAUCACUGGCGCAACAAUAUACGCUUUUGUUGGCUCUGAUGUUCAGUCCCCCGCACUACUCUCCGCCGGAAACCCUACAAGCAGGAUCGCUUUUGGCUUGGCACUUCCUGUCAUUUUCAUCUCAGGCUCUAUCAAUACUAUCGUGGCUGGGCGACUGAUACACGGUCGAAUCUACAAAGACAGUAUUGUCCGAUACGUCAACACGCCUAAGGGAUGGAUCACAUGGCUUUCUCUUAUCACUCUAUUCACAAUAGUGGCGUGGAUAAUUGCUGAAGCCAUUCCAUUUUUUUCGGACUUGUUGACGGUUGCUUCCUCGCUUUUUACGUCAGGGUUUUCCUUUUAUAUCCCCCCAAUAAUGUGGUUCAUGCUCAUUAAAAAGGGAACCUGGUGUUCCCGGGAGAAUCUUUCGCUAGCUGCUGUCAACGGAUUCGUGUUCAUUUUCGGCUUGGCAGUCUUAGUUUGCGGCUUAUAUUCCAGCAUCGAGGACAUUAGAAAGCAAUACCACGAGGGCACUAUUGGAACCCCCUUCAGCUGUGCCUAG